UCCCGCAAUCAAGAUUGCUGCUUUAGCUUCAUUAAAAAGCGUCGAAAACGCAAGCUGAGCCAGUCAGUUGACGGCUAUAUUUGGCCCGAACCCCAAUAUUUCUUUCUUCCCGGCGAAAAGAGUUCGCUCUAUCAGCGAAAGACUCGGGCAUGGCCGAUAUUCGAGAUAUUGUCGCGGCCAAGGUACAGACGAGUUACUCUCUAUCUCACCCCGGAGAUUUCAAAGAGUUCAGCUCACAUCACCCUUCUCACUUCGCUAUUUGCGGUUUACUUUGAAACAGUUCAUCCUAUUUAUCCUUUCCUUUGCCCUUCCGAAUUCCAACGUCAGGCAUCCUCCUCAGACCUGUCAAACCUCCUUGCCACUGACAAGGCCUUUGCGGCGUUAUAUUAUGCAAUUGUGGCGAUUGGUUGCCAACAUAAUGAAGGAGGUAGCUACGAAGCGGGCAUUGGCGAAGCAUGGUCAUACUUUGGAAGAUCGAUGUCCCAUUUCCAGGAUCUCAUUUUAGCUCGUGGUUCGCUCCCGGCAGUCCAGGUCUAUCUCCCCUGA